AUGGACUGCGAGCAUCCAGACGAGCGCUCGCACCGCAUUUCCUCCAAUCCUACAGAGCCGCUGCUCAGCUCGGCGUCGGGAGCAAGUGCUGGGUCUGCCAAGCUCAAGUCUUCGCACCUGGGCUCGUCAGCCGCCAGUCGAGGCAGCGUGCACCUUCCGCCAUUGCAUGGGAGUCUCUCUGACGCCACGCUCAAAGACAUAGCCCGGGCCCGGAAACGAAUCCGUGGAUCGACGCAUGCAGGCGAUUCAGAGUUGCUCUCGUCCAUGUCGCGCUACACACUUUUGCUCGAGACUAAGGUUCGCCAUUGGAUUGAAGAGUCGGCCCGGAAGGACAUUGAAAUAUGCAAGCUCAAGAAGCAGCUUGGACUCGCCGAGUUUCAUACCGAAAGCGGCAGCGAAGUGAAUGCGUUGCGUCGCGAAUGUAUUCAGCUGCAAGAAAAGGUGUCUGAAAUGGAAACCUUUCUGCUCAAGUACAACAUGAUAUGGAACGCAGAGCUCCCAUUCGGCAAACGUCUGGAUAGGGUCUCCUCGAAGCACGCGGCCAUUCCCAAGCCGUCACAGCUGACGGCCAAGUCCCCGUUCCCAUACAACCUGGCCAACUUGAUGACUCAGAUUGAGCAGCUCAAUCGGAUUGCAGCGGUUUCGCGCACCAAGAUCAGGCUCGAAGCGCUGAGAACCAACCAGGUGAUCCGCGAGAAAAACACCAAUCUACACCUACUCAAGACCCCUGAUCCCCUGAGUUUGACGCUCUAUCAAAACGGGUUUGUUCUCGAGGGUGGGUCCUUCCGGCCGUACACCGACCAAGCCGCGGCCAUGUUUAUGUGCGAUCUUAUGGAUGGAUACUUCCCAUACGAACUUAAGGACACCUACCCUGACGGUGUGCCCUUCAAGAUCAUCGACCGGCACACGAUAUGGCGGCCACUCCGGAUCGAUGAAGGCUUCCCUCCGGUCGGAUUACCGGCCCAGAAGUCAACGCUUGCGGGAGCAACCCUGGACCCGGACGCGCUGGACAGACCUGCACUGCCAAGCGACACUGCAUGGAGCCCAGAUAUUUCUCUUGAGCCAGCCUCUAUAACAACCGAGCGGUUCCUCCAGAAGCUUCCAAAGUGCAUCGUGCAAGGUGGCAGUAUCAUCAACAUCAGAGGGGACGUCGAGGCUCUGUUGCGACCCAAGGAUGCCGAGUGUGGCAUAUCGGGGCAGCAGGACUACAUUGUUCAAACAAAAUGCAAUGCAACGCUUCAGAGCGUGUACGAGCUCCUCAAGCCAUAUAUCGACCCAAAGGCAACGACAACCCAAUCUGAAUCUCAGACAGCAUGGAACUUGAAGCCAGCACUACAUCGCGGUCCAAUGCCCAAGCCCACGGCUACUCUCGAGGUGGGAUUUGCUGCAUAA